AUGGCAUUGUGCCACCAAUGGCUUCAGCGAAUCUGGGGAAUGCAGCUCUCUGAAAGGCAUCUGUUUCAGAUAUGCUUCGUAAUGCCAGGACUCCAUGGAUUUCUACAGCUUUUCCCUGUGGAAUCUGGAGCCUCUGCCACCUUUAGCCUGAGAGCUGCCAACACCGAUAACGCUGCUGUUGGCAAAUCCCUCUACAAUCUGGACGGGGGCCGGGACCGUGAGGGACCCAAAAGUAGCAGCAGUGAGGGCCGCAGGAAGGGCUCCCUCUCCUCCCCCAGCGGCAGCAGGAAAGAGCGGGAGAGCAAAGCGCACCGCAGCCGGACGAAAGCAGCAAAGGAGCCGCCCUCGGCCUACAAGGAGCCGCCAAAGGCCUACCGCGAUGAGAAGCCGGAGCCCAAGGCGUACAGGCGGCAGCGCUCCUCGCCCAGCCCCGGCCGGGAUGACAGCCCCCCGCUGCACCGCUCCUCACAGAGCCAGCGGAGCCGCAAGUCGCUGAGCCCCGUGAGCGGCCGCUCGCCCCUCAGCCCCUACAGCCGCCGCCGCUCACCCAGCUAUAGACGGCACACCAGCUAUGAGCGCGGUGGGGACGUGUCGCCCAGCCCCUACAGCAGCUGGCGUCGCUCGCGGAGCCCCUACAGCCCCGUUAUCCGGAGGUCAGCAAAAUCGCGAAGUAGAAGCCCAUAUUCAUCAAGGCACUCGAGGUCUCGUAGCAGACACAGAUUGUCUAGGUCCAGAAGUCGUCACUCAAGUAUUUCUCCGAGUACACUGACUCUGAAGAGUAGCCUGGCUGCCGAGUUGAACAAAAACAAAAAAGCAAGAGCUGCUGAGGCAGCCAAAGCCAGUGCAAAAGCUUCAAAUGCUUCUACACCUACCAAGGGAAACGCUGACGCUGCUGUAAGUGCGCCUCAAGUGAACAAUGUGAAGGACCUGAAGAAAAUAAAAGUUGAGCAGACACCUUCUCCUACAAGCAGUGCAAAUUUGAAAAACGAUAAGGCGAAAGCAAAGGUUUCUCUUCCAGAAACAAAAGGGGAGAAUAAUUUAAUUGCAGAGAAAGUUACUAAGCAGAAAGCGACGACAAUAAAAGAGAGUAAACCGGCUGUUGUGAAGCAGCAGCCAACUACUGUAAAAGAGAAGAGCAAAUCGAGUGCACCAACUGUAGCAACCAAGGAGAAGGAUCGAAAUGUUGCACUACCAACCUCCACACUGCCGCCCUUGCCUUUGCCUCCCAUGCUGCCUGAAGAUAAAGAGACUGAUAGUUUACGAGAGAAUAUUUCAGUGAAGUCAGUUAAAGAAGCAGAGAAGAAACUUCGCCAUCUGCUCGCAGACUUGCCGCUCCCGCCCGAGUUGCCCGGAGCAGCUGAGUUAUCUAAAAGUCCUGAAGAGAAGAAACCAACAGUUCAGCUACACAGCAAGAGGCGACCCAAAAUAUGUGGACCACGACAUGGUGAAACAAAAGAAAAAGAAAUAGACUGGGGAAAGCGCUGUGUGGAUAAAUUUGACAUCAUUGGGAUUAUUGGUGAAGGCACUUACGGGCAAGUUUACAAAGCCAGAGAUAAAGACACAGGAGAAAUGGUGGCACUAAAGAAAGUACGUCUGGAUAAUGAAAAGGAAGGGUUUCCAAUUACUGCUAUUCGGGAGAUUAAGAUUCUUCGACAGCUUAAUCAUCAAAGCAUUAUCAACAUGAAGGAAAUAGUGACAGAUAAGGAAGAUGCUUUGGACUUCAAGAAGGACAAAGGUGCAUUUUAUCUGGUGUUUGAAUAUAUGGACCAUGACUUGAUGGGACUGCUGGAAUCUGGUUUGGUUCAUUUUAAUGAAAAUCAUAUAAAAUCAUUUAUGAGACAGCUGAUGGAAGGCUUGGCCUAUUGCCAUAAGAAGAACUUUUUGCACAGAGAUAUCAAAUGUUCAAAUAUUCUACUAAAUAAUAGAGGGCAGAUAAAGCUUGCAGAUUUUGGGCUUGCUCGGCUGUACAACUCAGAAGAAAGCCGACCAUAUACCAACAAAGUUAUUACAUUAUGGUAUCGGCCUCCUGAACUUCUGCUUGGAGAAGAAAGAUACACACCAGCUAUUGAUGUCUGGAGCUGUGGCUGCAUCCUGGGUGAACUUUUUACAAAAAAGCCAAUAUUUCAAGCAAAUCAAGAACUUGCUCAACUGGAACUUAUAAGCCGAAUUUGCGGGAGUCCCUGUCCAGCAGUGUGGCCUGAUGUUAUAAAACUAGCUUAUUUCAACACAAUGAAACCAAAGAAGCAGUAUCGUCGAAAACUGAGAGAAGAGUUUGCUUUCAUCCCACCCGCUGCCCUAGACCUGUUCGAUUACAUGCUCGCCUUGGACCCCAGCAAGCGCUGCACGGCCGAGCAGGCUCUUCAGUGCGAGUUCCUGCGAGACGUGGAACCAGCCAAAAUGCCUCCCCCGGACCUUCCUUUGUGGCAAGACUGCCAUGAGCUGUGGAGCAAGAAACGCAGAAGACAGAAGCAGAUGGGCAUGACUGAUGAGACAACAGCAGCCAAAGUCCCCAGGAAGGACUUGUCUCUAGGCAUGGACGAGAGCAGAACCAACACCCCACAAGGCAUGCAAACUUCUUCCCAACUCAAAACUCAGGGCAGCUCUAGUGUAGCACUUGCUAAAACAAGCACUGGACAGCAGUUAAACCAGAAUGAAGUGGCAAUCCUGCUAAACCUGCUACAGUCUAAAACAAGUGUUAGUUUGGCGCAGUUUGCCCAAGUGUUGAAUAUUAAGGUAAACCCAGAGACUCAGCAGCAACUAAAUAAAAUAAAUCUUCCUGCUGGAAUUUUGUCAGCAGGUGAAAAACAGUCAGAACAGCAGCAGCCGCCGCCACCACCACCACCGCCGGAGCAGGAGCCCCUCAAACAGCCGCCCGUCGCGCAGCCUCCAGCGCCGGCCGCUCAACUGAGUCAGCCCAAAGCUGAGACUGACGCUGCCCAGGCGGCCGUGCAGAGCGCGUUUGCUGUUCUCUUGUCCCAGUUAAUAAAGGCUCAGCAGGCGAAGCAGAAGGAUUUUGCACCCGAGGAGAAGGAGAACGUCUCCGGAAGCGAAACGUCGCUCCAGGCGCGAGCACCCCCUGAGCCCCUCUCUUUUGUGUGCGCAGGUCCGGAGGAGCUGGCGAGGCCGCCCGACAUGAGGCUGCUGAGCCACACGCCCGAGCAGGAGCGCCCGCGCAUCCUGCCCCCGGACCAGCGCCCCCCGGAGCCGCCGGAGCCUCCCCCUCUCACCGAUGAAGACCUUGAUUAUCGGACAGAGAACCAGCAUUUGCCUAUAAGUAACUCUUCAGGAACAGACCCUCACGCGGGAGUGAAGGCAGCUCUUCUGCAGCUGCUCGCUCAGCACCAAGCUCAGGCCACGGCAGAGGAGCCGGUGCAGGCCACUGUGGAUUACCAGGCCCGAGAUGCCUACGGGGCAGGCCCAGACUACAAGGAAAACUUUGGAUCGUCUUCCUUCUCCUCUGCCCGCUUCGGCAGCAGCGACGGAAUAGGAAGCGGAUCGUCGGGAGCGUUGGAAAGGAGGAGCUUCCUCGGGAGCUCGGAUAUCCAGCCCUUGGAGAACUACAGUACUGCUUCAUCUCACUCUGGCAGCGCCCCCCCUCCGCCAGCCUUUGCAGAGUCCUUCCCCAGCUCGGUAACCGCGUAUGGGGACAUUUACCUCAACACUGGUCCCAUGCUGUUCAGCGGGGACAAAGACCACAGGUUUGAGUACAGCCACGGCCCCAUCCCGGUCCUGGGCAACAGCGGCGACGCUUCCGUGGGGCCCGAGAGCUCCCAUUCCCUGCCCGCCAAGAUGCACAACUACAGCUAUGGAAGUAACUUGCAGGAAAACCCUGCUGGCCUUGGCCAUGUGCAUGGACAAACUUGGACUUCUCCUGCCCAAGGACCCGGCUUUUCCCAAGGAUACAGGGGACACAUUAGCACGUCUGCAGUGAGAGGGCGAGGCAGAGGAUUGCCCUAUUGAGUAUCUGUUUUUCCUCAGGCACAUCAUUUUUAUCUGGAAAAACUUUUUUGUUGUUGUUGUUUUCUAGCUGCAGUUUAAAGCAGCACUUCAACAGACUUGAAUAAUGUUAAUUCAACAGCUUUAUUUUUAUGUGGAAAAGGGUCUUGCAUACAGUAGGAAAAAUUAAAGAUGCUUAAAGCUCAUGCUGUCUGAAAACUAGAUAAAUUGAUUGUACAUGUUCACAAACUAGUUCUGAAUUUUAUUUUGUAUUUUGGCAGUUUUAAGUGGAUGCUAAAUUUAGGGACAUCAGCUUUUUAUGGCACUCUUUCAGAUCUUCUGAACUAUGCACAUUUGUGCUUUUUUUGUAAGUUUGGACCAACUUUUAUGUAAAGAAAAAUUUUACAACAAUCAAAGCAGGGCACUGAUUUAUUUGGUAUUUUUCUUUUUACAGAACUACCUUUAGUCAAAGGUCACUGUCAGUCUUUGCACUGCUUUCAGUGUUAUUGUGGAAGGUGUACUUUGUGCUCAUUUCAGAUAAUAAAACACAACCUUUCUCUUGAUGCAAAAUUUUAUAAAUAUUUGGUCAAUGUUAUUUUCCUUUUCUUUCAAAAAGA